AUGACGGGUUCCGGGCGGUGGACGCGAAAGCCUACGGCUGCCUCCAGCGCCAACACUCGCGGUACUUUCGUUCGAUAUGGACGCACCAUAGUAAUUCCAUACACAAUGAUUUUUUUGCAUUCACAGUGCUUCGACCCCGAAGAGAUCCUCGAUUCGAUGCCCAAGCUUCAAAAUAAAUCCCCAACACCCCAAACGGAGUCCCAGUAUAUCCCCACCCAGAUCAAGACCGUGAAUUCUCCGACGCUUCCCAUGACCAAAGAGUGCAGAAAGGGAGCCACAAAAUAUCUAAAAUGCAAUGCCAAAAGCAGGGCAAACCCAACGCAAAUGUCACUGGGCGGCGAAGGCGAGAGAGAAAGAAAUCCGAAAAUCUUCGACAACGCUAACCCGCCUGCUCCUUCCAACCCGAUGCACCAAAACCGCAGAAUCCCUUAUACAAAUGCGUAUCAACCAAUAUCAACCAACGCAGAAACCCGCCACAAUGCAGGGUUGCAAUAUGGACAACAUAAGCGUGAGCGCCCAGUUCGUGAGUGGGGCAUGAAAUAG